CGUAAACAUAGUAAAAAAAUUUUAGUGUCCAACUGAAGCUGUUGUUAACGCUUAACAUCAUAUUUAGAAUUUUAUAUAACAUCUCUGCUUAGUAAUUAUUUGACAUGAUAACCAGCUGAUGCGUUUAAACAAAUUUUCCUUCAUUCGUUUCGUGCGAUGCUGUACAAGAGGUUUAUGUGGGAUAUAUAAAAUUGUGAGUUAUUUUAUCAAAUGUGAAAGGAUUAUGUUAAAAGUAAUGAAAAAAUUGCAGGUAGCAUUUACGUGUGUGUGGCAGUGACAAGCGAAAAUAUAAGAAACGUUUAAAUGCAAAAGUCUUGUAUCAGUAUAUAAAAAUACAUUGGUCAAUCUAUAUCUUCUAGUGUAACUAUGGAUAUUAAGAAUGACGACUCUGUUGGCAGCGAUAUAUUAGAUAAGUCAUUAGAAUCAAAGUGCGUUGUCGAUGAAUUAGGUCAAAAAGAAGACGCGGGCGCUUCGCAGCAGUGCAAUGGCAUAGUCAGUUUUAAAAAAACAACAACAAGUGAAUCACAGCCAGAAAAACGACAAGGUAGUUCUAUAGCUGAACAAAAGACUGAAAAAUCUGUUUCAGAUUAUAAUGUUACCAAGACAGAAAAUGUUGGUGGCGCCAAUAAAAAAUGUGAUAGUGUCGAAAACAAUACCGAAAACUCAGUUGAUUGUGUGAUUGUAUCAAAUGCACAACAAUUAAAAAUUGAAAAUGAAACCACCGCAGUAUGUGUAGAUAUAUUAGAACAAAAUGCAUCUACAUCAAAAGCAGCAUAUGCAGCGCGUUUUGCGAACAGUGGUAUUGGCAAUAAUAGCGCCAGUUGUAGUAGCAGUAGCAGUAGUAGUAGCAAUAACAGCAAUAAAAGUAAUGUCUUAGACACGAAAGUCAUACAGAUCUCCAAAAAUCUUAAAGAUACUACACUUGUUGAGACAGCUGCAGCAGCUGCUGCUAUUGCAUGUCAAAAACCGUUAUUAGAAUUCACACUUGAAACAACAUCGUCUUCAUCAUCUGAUUAUGAGCCAUACACGCCAUCACGUUCCUCACCAUAUGAAAUUGAACCAAUCACUGAUUUAGAAACCAGUAUACUCAGCACAGUAGAAUCGAUAGAACCUGAUUUGGAACAAGAUAACGAACAGGAUCCGGAUGCUGAUCAGGAUCAAGACCCACGUUCAAAAAAAGUGCGAUUUCAUCCAGAUGUAAAAGAAAAUGAUGGCGGAAAUCGUAUUAUACCUAAAAAGAAGAAAAAAAUGAAGCACAUACCAAAUUCAGAUGAACCAAGUACAAGUGCUCAGUGCUUUCUCAGCGCGGAUGAAGAAAUGGAUUUGGAUGAAGAAGAUGAGAUAGACGAAGAUGAUGAAUUUGAUAUAGAGAAAACAAUAAGUGAGGCACAAGACUACCUUAAAUUACAUCCGCUUACGUUUGUUAGACCACAGGAUAAAAGCACAGGGUGUAUGAAAAAAGGUCUACUUGAAGAGGAGGAUUUAGCGCUGCUUUCUGAAUCAUCAGAUGAAGAAGAAGAAUCCUACGAAAAUGUGCCUGAAAAUGGAGUUGAACGCAUUUUAGGGAAACAUAUUAAAGGUGAUCAGAUUGAAUAUUUAUUACGUUACGCAGACCUGCCUGGAGUCUAUUGGGAAAGUGAAGAAUUUAUACUGGAACAGUGUCCGAAUUUGCUCAUGCUUUAUGAUCAAAAUAGAGAACGGCGUCAAGCACGACUGAUGCGUCAUGUUGCGAAACGUCAGAAUCUACGCCAACGCUACACAGACUUUUAAAAUUUCAUCAAAAAACUUAUAUAUAUAUUAUUUCGAAAUAAAUGUAAAAAUGGCAAUAAAUAAGAGUAUAAAAGGAAAAGUAUAUUGUAUAUUUAUAAAUGGAAAAGACAACUGCAACAGCAAUAUAUAUAAUUGGCUCUUAGAAAAGAAAUCUAAGCUUAAUUUUUGUUAUUAAAUGACAAACAAAACAAACAAAAAAACUU